AUGAUUGCACCCCGACCAUUCGCUCAAUGGGGAGUCGACCUCUUGGGGCCAUUUCCACCCGGGCCAGGACAAAUAAAAUAUUUGAUAGUAGCCAUAGACUACUACACCAAGUGGAUGGAAGCAGAAUCGCUAGCCAGCAUAUUCGCAGCAAACUGUCAAAAAUUUUUGUGGAGGCAAGUCAUCACUAGGUUCGGAAUUCCAGAAUCUGUCAUAUCGGAUAAUGGGACACAAUUCACCGACAAAAAGUUCAGAGAGUUCCUCUCGGGACUAGGCAUCAAGCAAACGUUCUCCUUCGUAGAGCACCCUCAAAGCAACGGGCAAGUGGAAGCAGCCAAUAAAGUCAUCUUGAAAGGGCUAAAGAAACGACUUAAAGGAAAGAAGGGUCCAUGGGCAGACGAACUAGCCUCAGUCUUAUGGUCUUAUAGAACCCCCCCAAUCAUCUACCGGCAAAACUCCCUUCUGACUCACAUACGGGGUCGACACAGUCAUCCCAAUCGAAAUAGGGGAGCCGAGUCCGAGGUUACUUUUCGGAGGAGGAAGCGAGGCAGUUGA